AUGAAUCUGCUGUACCUCUUCAUCCUGCUGGCUGUGUGCAGGCCUGCAUAUGGCACUUGGGACACCUGCAGUGGCACCUGCGGGCACCGGCCCAUGGCUUCUGACUUCAACUCCAUAGCUUCUGACUUCAGCAUCAUGGCUGGCACAGGUGCCCAGCCAGGGGCCUGGCCCUGGAUUGUCAGCAUCCAGGACCCCGAGAAAAUAGGCUCUGGCCAUACGUGUGGAGGGUCCCUCAUCAGCCCCCAGUGGGUCCUCACAGCAGCUCACUGCUUCCAAAAGGCCAGGAACAUCAGCCUGUGGCGUGUGCUCAUCGGGGCCACCCAGCUGAGCCGUCUGGGCCCCGAGGCCCAGGUGCGCCACAUCAAGCAGCUGCUGGUGCACCAGCAGUACACGGCAGAGUCCCAGCAGAACGACAUUGCCCUGCUGCAGCUGGACCAGCCCGUGCAGUGCAGUGACUAUGUGCAGCUGGCCUGUGUGCCCAAUGCCUCCAUCACAGUGUCAAAGCUAAAAUCCUGCUACGUGGCUGGCUGGGGUUCUGGCAGUCCAAAAGCUCAGGGUGUGAGUGAUGUCCUGCAGGAAGCCAAGGUCCGUCUCCUGGAUAACCAGCUCGUCAACAGCAGCCGCUGGUACUCUGGGGCCAUCCACACCCACAACCUGUGUGCUGGCUACCCACGGGGUGGCAUGGACACCUGCCAGGGUGACAGUGGAGGGCCUCUGGUGUGCAAAGAUAACAGUGCCAGCUACUUCUGGCUCGUGGGAGUGACCAGCUGGGGAAAAGGCUGUGCCAGGGCAAAACGGACGGGAGUCUACACCUCCACUCAGCACUUCUACGACUGGAUCCUGGUGCAGAUGGGCCCGUGCCCAGCUGUAACAGCCACUUCAGCACCAGAGUCAAGCUGCCUCUCAACCCCUCUUGAGCAGCCAGAGCCAAGGCCAUCAGAGUCAGGCUGCUCUACUCCCACUCCACUUCCAGAGACAACUGAAACAACCACUCCAACGCCAGAGCCAACCUUCAGCUCAGCCCACUGUGAGAAACCAGAGGGAGAGCCAGCACCAACAGAAUCAGGCUGUUCUGGCUCAACUCCCUGUGAGGAACCAGAGGGAGAGCAAACACCAACAGAAUCAGGCUGCUCUGGCUCAUCCCCCUGUGAGGAACCAGAGCCAGAGCCAGCACCAACAGAAUCAGGCUGUUCCGGCUCAACUCCCUGUGAGGAACCAGAGGGAGAGCCAGCACCAACAGAAUCAGGCUGCUCCAGCUCAUCCCCCUGUGAGGAAACAGAGCCAACACCAACAGAAUCAGGCUGCUCUGGCUCAUCCCCCUGUGAGGAACCAGAGCCAGAGCCAGCACCAACAGAAUCAGGCUGCUCCGGCUCAACCCCCUGUGAGGAACCAGAGCCAGAGCCAGCACCAACAGAAUCAGGCUGCUCCAGCUCAUCCCCCUGUGAGGAACCAGAGCCAGAGCCAGAUCCAGUUCAGUAUCCUGUGCAAGGCAAGGAGUCCCAAGCCAGGCACCAGCAAAACAAAGCCAUGAUGGGAGAAGGGAGCACAGGAGAGAUUCUGAAGAUUGGCCAGACACAGGCUGAGGAGGAGUUCCACAGCCAGGAGUUCCACAGCCAGUUCUGA